AUGGGACAUCUUGUGACUGUAGCGACGUGUUCGCUGAACCAGUGGGCUCUGGAUUGGGAAGGCAAUGCGUCUCGCAUUAUCGAGAGUAUCCAAAAGGCAAAGGCUGCCGGAGCCCGACUUCGUGUCGGACCUGAACUCGAGAUAUGCGGCUACGGCUGCCUCGACCACCUCCUCGAGCAGGACCUGUACCUGCACUGCUUCGAGAUGCUCCGCCGCAUCCUCCUGGACGAGUCCUGCCACGACAUCCUCCUCGACAUCGGCAUGCCCGUGCAGCACCGCAACCAGCGCUUCAACUGCCGCGUCCUCUGCCUCAACGGCAAGAUCCUCAUGAUCCGCCCCAAGAUGUGGCUCGCCAACGAUGGCAACUACCGCGAGAUGCGCCACUUCACCCCGUGGAUGCACCCGCGCCAGACGGAGCAGUACCACUUGCCGCGCAUCCUGCAGGACAUCCAGGGUUCCACGCAUGUCAUCUUCGGAGACGCGGUCGUUUCGACGCCUGACACGUGCUUUGGCGCGGAGACCUGUGAAGAGUUGUUCACCCCCAACGCCCCGCACAUCGCCAUGAGUCUGGACGGCGUGGAAAUCAUCACCAACUCGAGCGGCUCGCACUUUACCCUGCAGAAGCUCGACACCCGUCUGAAGCUCAUUAUGGAGGCGACGCGCAAGUGCGGCGGUAUCUACCUCUACGCCAACCAGCAGGGCUGCGAUGGCGACAGACUCUACUACGACGGCUCCGCCAUGAUCUUGGUCAAUGGCGACAUCGUUGCCCAGGGAUCGCAGUUCAGCUUGAACGAUGUCGAAGUCGUCACGGCUACGGUCGACCUGGAGGAGGUGCGGGCUUACCGCUCUGCCAUCUCGCGUGGUCUCCAGGCUGCGCGAUCCGAUGCGAAGUACGAGAGGAUCCAGACCCAUUUCGAGUUGAGUUCCGAGGAGGAAGACGCGGAUGUCGAGAAGCGGCCUUCACCUCCGAUCCAGCCCAAGUACUACUCUGUCGAAGAGGAAAUCGCGAUGUGCGCCGGCUGCUAUCUUUGGGAUUACCUCCGGCGAUCCGGCACAGCAGGCUAUCUCGUUCCCCUCAGCGGUGGAAUCGACUCCUGCGCAACCGCAACAAUCGUCUACUCCAUGUGCCGCAUCGUAAUGAAGGCCGUCGAAGAGGGUAACGUCCAAGUGAUCGAAGACGUCAAGCGCAUCGCAAAGUACGACGGCGACGGCGUCCUCCCUAAAACACCCCAGGCCCUCUGCAACCAGGUCUUCUCGACGAUCUACAUGGGCAUGAAGACGCAGAGUUCUGCCGAGACGCGCGGGCGCGCAAAGGACCUCGCCGAGGCCAUCGGCAGCUACCACAUCAACCUCGACAUCGACGACGUCUACCAGGCUCAGAAAAGCCUUGCCGUCAGCGCGCUCAACUUCGAGCCGAGGUUCAAGGUAGAGGGCGGAACUGUUCAGGAGAACUUGACACUGCAGUGUCUGCAGGCGAGAAUUCGUAUGGUCACCGCGUACGAGUUCGGGCAGCUUCUUCCUACUGCCAGAGGACGUCCCGGCGGUGGCGGGUUGCUGGUUUUGGGAAGUGCGAACGUUGGAGAGUCUCUGAGAGGGUACUUUACCAAAUAUGAUUGCUCCAGCGCCGACAUCAACCCCAUCGGCUCCAUCGACAAGGCCGACCUCAAGCGCUUCAUCGCCUGGGCCGAGAAGGACUUCGGCAUCCCGUGUCUCCACGACUUCCUCACCGCGGUCCCGACCGCUGAGCUGGUGCGUCUCUCCCACUUCCCUCCUACCGAGGCCCCUCGCAGGUCGGAUCCCACUCACACACAGAACCCACAGGAACCCAUCUCGGAGACGUACGUCCAGAGCGACGAGGUCGACAUGGGCAUGACCUACCAGGAGCUCACCAUCAUGGGCCGGCUCCGCAAGGUCAACAAGCUGGGCCCGUACGGUAUGUUCCAACGCCUCGUCCACGACUGGAGCGCCGACCGCCAGCGCGGUCCGGACGACGACGCCCCCGCGUACGACCCGAAGCAGACGGCCGAAAAGGUCAAGAAGUUCUUCCACUUCUACGCCAUCAACCGACACAAGAUGACGACGCUCACACCGGCACUGCACUGCAACGACUACUCACCCGACGACAAUAGAUUCGAUCUCCGUCCCUUCUUGUACCCCCCGUUCUGGAAGAGCUGGAGUUUCAAGAAGAUUGAUGCGGAGCUGGAGAAGAUUGAGAAGAGAAAGGCCAAGAAGGCGGCGGCAUAG